AUGAAAGGAAAUAAUAGGAACGAAGACUUUAAUGUGCUUACCACAGCAGUAACUCCUUACACUAAUCAAGAUGGAAUUCAUUAUGAAAGACCUCCAUUGUACUCCUUACAAAGUGAUAUUGAACUGAUGACUGGAACAACUAAGAACUCCAAAAAGGUAGAUCAUGGAGCAAAUACCAAUAUAAAUGAUCUUGAAAUUGCUGAGGAAGUUGAAAGUCCAAACAUAUUGGAUGUUGACUUGAAGUUGAUUUGGUCUUUUAGGAAAGUUAUAUUAUUAAGUGGUAUCAUAUCAUUCUCUGGGUUUUUAUUUGGUUGGGAUACUGGUGUUAUUGGUGGUAUUAUUCAAAUGGAUUCCUUCUUAUCCAAGCUAGGAUAUCCUAAACCUGGAUUAGAACCUGGCUCCAUAGUAUAUGAACUCAAAAGUUAUCAAACUGGGUUAAUUGUUUCAGGUUAUCAUAUUGGUUGUAUCAUUGGAGGUUUCACUAUAGGUAGAUUAUCAAGUUAUUUAGGUAGGAAGAAACCAAUAUUGAUAGCAAUGGGUGUUUACAUCACUGGUAUAAUUGUUCAAAUAACAACUAGUUUAACGGGGAAAUGGUAUCAAUUCUUGAUAGGAAGAGCUAUAAAUGGUUUAUGUAUUGGAAGUAUUGCAGUUUUAACUCCAAUGUUCAUAUCAGAAACUGCACCAACUGCAAUUAGAGGCUCAUGUACUGCUUUAUAUCAGAUAAAUAUUGCUUCAGCUAUCUUAUAUGGUGCAAUUGCAGUAUAUGCAUGUAAAGAGAUGUAUUCAAAUGAAUCUGAAUGGAUCGUACCAUUAAGUAUAGGUAUAGCUGCUGCUUUAACAGUUUGUGUUGGUAUUUUCUUUACACCUGAAAGUGCACGCUACUUGGUUAGUAUUGGUGAAUAUGACAAAGCUAGAGCUUCUUUGAGGAAAGUUGGGGAUCCAAAUGUUGAAAGACAAUUAGAGUUGUUACAAGCAAAGAUUAGGGUAGAUAAUCAAGCAUCUAAGACACCAUUUUCGUUUGUUUUCCAUAAACAAUUCAGAAAAAGAGUCUUCAUUGGAGUUUCUUUAAUGACUUUCCAACAAAUGAGUGGUGUUGAUUAUUUCUUUUAUUAUGGUACAACUUUAUUUAAAAUUGCAGGUGUAAGUGAUUCAUAUGUCACGAUGAUUGUUCUUGCAACUGUGAAUGCACCAAUCUCAUUAUUUGGUAUCUAUAUUGUGGAAAAAUUAGGAAGAAAGAAAACUUUGCUAAUAGGUGCUGCUUUAGCAACUACAUGCUUAUUUAUCUAUUCAAUUGUGGGUACUUUGAAAAUUGAUAAAGAUUCAUUGGAUCCAAGCGUCAAUAGAGUCCCUGGGAUAAUCAUGAUUGUUUUCACUUGUUUUUAUUUCAUUAGUUUUGCUCCAACAUGGGGGACAUCUGUUAGUGUUCUUGUGAGUGAACUUUAUCCGAUUCAUAUCAAGAGUCACGGAAUAGCUUUAGCAACUGCAUUUAAUUGGGGGUCUAAUUUCUUUAUUGGAUUCUGUACACCAAUCAUUACAGAUCGUAUUGGAUAUGCAUUUGGAUUUGUAUUUACAGGAUGUAUGUUUCUAUCAUUUUGGGUAAUUUUAUUCUUUGUACCAGAGACCCAGGGUGUUUCUUUAGAGGAGAUUGAUACGUUAUUUGAAAAGAAUGGAUAA